ACCAGCACCUCGAGCUUGAACCAAUCACUUCAGUAGUGCGAGCCGCAGGAAGCCACUUCUUCCGCAUUCGUUUGUUAUGCAAUGUGUGCUUCUAUUUAGUGUGGUUUUACGCAGUUGGAUUGACCAAGAUUUCCGUCCAACCAGUACCCGUCUGAGCGGCGAUACUCAGCCUCAUGCGUGCUGGGACUCAGCGCAGUGUUCCUGGCCUUCAGCAUGCUGGCGCUCGUCAUGGUGUUGCUGAUGCUCCAGAAAAUGUACCUGCCUGCGAAUCAACUCAAAGACAACUUGGUCCAGAAAGUGACUGACGAUCUGAAGUUCUCCAAUCCCGGCUAUCUGCACUACUACAUCAGAAUCCCGGUUCUGAUCCUAUGCGGUUGCUUUGCGUUGGGAUGCGGCAACCUGGCCGCUUUCAUUAGCGGCCUGUUCGCUUGGAAGCGCUGGUAUGUCGAUCAGAACAUCACCUACUUCUUCCUCAGCUGCAUUGCUUCCACCGUCACUUCGGCCCUGUCCAUCCUCAUAAAUGUGGUCACGUACUCCAACUUGGAGUUCACCUACUUGGAUGACCAGGAUCAGGAGGCACCUCGAACAUUGUCGCCUCUUUCGGCGUCUCUGGCGGCAAAUGCGAUGCUCCUUGCAGUUUUAAGCGUCGUUUGGUCGUUGCUGGCCACCAAACUGGCGUACCGCGGCAUGACCAGCUACUACCCGGAGGAUGCGAUGGAAAGCGGCCGCAACGUGGCAGUGCAACCUAAAAAGGGACGGGCCCUGCAGAAUAGCAUCCCCAUCGAGAUCGUCAACCGCUUCGCUGCAGAAUCAAUGGCAGGCAUUCUGCCCAAGAAGGAAAACUGCGAUCUGCCCAAGCAGGAGACCACUGUGGAGUAUCAGCAGCGCGUCAAUAAGUUUCUGAGCGCGUCCGGAACCAAAGAAGGCGAAGCGAGCGCCAACCAUGUAAGCCCGACUGAUAGAUAGAAUAGUUGUUUCCUUUUAAACACUAUAUAUAGGCAACGAAUUGUACUUAAUUGUUGGGGGCUACCAGUCGUGUGGUAGAAGCCAGCCGAAAUGUGUCAUAAUAAAUGGAUUAAGGUACUUAAUAAAA